UGUUUGAGUUCGUGCGUGUGCGCCCAACUGUCUGUCAGCCUGUCAGCCUGCUUUGUAAAUUGUUUACUCGUGAAAAAUAAUGUGUUCAGCACCACUUGGUUUUUAUACGCCUGUGAAAGCGCCCAUCGAGAGUCUCUUUCAACUGGGCGUAACGCGUGCACCUAACGGUAAUGGUCAUCACGCCUUUAAUAACACCUCCACGCCGACAACGAAUGGCGGCACCACCGUCAACAAUAUAGCUACACAUAAUGGACAGAGUAAUGGCGUUUCGAACAGCAAUGGUGGCGCUGAUGACACCGAGGAGUCGGAGAGUUUGCAGUAUAUAAAACCAGCGAACGAUGAUCUCACCAUUGCGUACAGCGAGGGCGCGCAGAAGACAGAUUUAUUGUAUUGAGUGAGCGCAAAGUAGCAAGCAUGAGAUUGCAAGGUGCCAGCUGCAACGAGUGGAGCAGGCGAAAAGGGUUUUGAAAUUACUGAUAAUACUGGAUAUUUGGCAAGCAAAUGUCGGUGUCGAACUGUUUGUAGGUCCUGACUGGCUGACUGGCAGCGCAUAUUCCGCCGAAGCGUUGCGCUUUUCGGAAUUGUUUAACAUUUGCGUAGCAGUUAAUGUCUGCACUAGUUUAUAAGUCGUUUAGGCGUGCAUUCUUCUUUAGUUGUAUGUAAAUUUCAUUAUAAUUAUAAUUUUUUCGUUUCUCUCUCUCUCGCUUAUUUACUUUACUAAUUUAGUUAUAUAAAUGCAUUUCACAAUGAAUACAUUCUAAUGCACUUUUUAUGUGUGUCAAAUUAAUGCAAUGCAAAUUUUUUGUCUGUUAUAUAAAUAUAGUAAAAACAAAUACAAAAAUGAAAUGAAAAUGUAAUGCAAUCAUAUAAAAUAAAUAUUAAUAUGAAAAGUCUGUUUAGCAUACAGAAAUUUUUGCAACAUAAUUAUACUAGAUUAACUUUCAUAUAUGUAUGUAGCAUUAGAGCGUAGCGAAAACAGUGUAGUAGUGAUAAAAUAUACACAGAAACAAGAUAAUUAAAAAUCAAAAUAAUAAUAAUAAUGUCAAAAAAAUAUUAGCUCACAAUGUCAGAAAUGUGAAUACUGCAUUAUCCCGUUUACAUUAAAACAAAAUUUAAACAUAUUUUUUUUGUCGGAAAGUUGAGCAUAAACCAAUAUCUGCGUAUAUUAAUAUUUACAAUUUGCUAUUUUUUUGUAAUAUGAACUUUUUUAAUUUUUUUUUUACUUAAAAAUAUAUAAAAUAUUAAAUUCAACAAAGUCAAAAUAUCAACAAAACAAAUUAGAAACAUACACAGUUCUUGUUUACAUAUAAAACUUAAAAAAUAUACAUAAAUAUCAAAACUUGCAUUUAAAUAAACUCAAAAACGAGCUUCAAUAAAAAUUCAAUUAAAGAAAACGUUAAAUUGAAGCGCAUAAUUGAGUAAAAAAAUAAAUUUAAAAAGUGUUGUUGAUCUACAAGCUGAACUGAUUGAUGAUCGCAACUCUAACCAAAUGCGUUACAUCUGCUAAAUACAAAAAUAAAAAAAACACUUGUCAAAUUUAUGUAGUUUCGAAAAAAUCGAAAAUGCUUUAAAGAAAAAUUAAAGAAAAGCGCGCGCUCUAAUGCCGAUUUGCAUACAUGCAUACAUACAUAUAUUAAUUUUUUGUAUUAUGUAUUUUACUUAUAAUACCUUAUAUUAAAUAAUAUUAUAUUAUAUAUACAUAUACAUUGCAUACCAUUUACUAUAUACGAUUAUUAAUUAUAUUAUUACUGAUUUACAUGCAUACAUACAUACAUAUUAAAUAUAUACAAUACCACAUACCGUACAUUUUUAGAUAUAAGCGAUUUAAAAUACAACAACGUGCAGUUGAUAAAUAAAAAAACAAAAGCGUAAUGUUACACAAACAAAGAAAAUUAUACAUGAAAAUAAAUAAAAGCUUAAAAGGCAUUUAAAUUUAAAAUAAA